AUGAUCAAUGAAUUCUUAAUAGACACCUAUAAAUGGUGUGGCGAUGAAGAUAAAAUUAUUUAGGGAUAUAUUUUAUGUGAUGAUUAAAUUUUUGAAUGCUAAAAGUAUUCCUAAUAAUUCAAAGGUCCUGCAACUUUCUAACAUUAAAAUUUUAAAAUAUUGGCAGCUAGGUUAGAUCAUUUUAUAUUAGUAAUUAUCUUUUCAAGUAAAUUUUUAAUUGAUCCAUCAAAGUGCUCCUUUUUAAUAUCAAAUAACAAUUAACCUUUGCCAUUCUAUCCAAAAUAAAUGAGUAAUGAAUUUGAUCCUUUGAAAAAUUAUAAAAUAACACUUAAAAAUUUUUUAAACACCUACAAUUUAAGAGAACAAAUCUAUUUUAAUACUUUUGAAAGGAAUUUAAAUACAGGAUCUCUAAUACCUAUUCUACUUUGCCCAAAAUAAGUAUUAUAAAACGUAUGGGAGUAUUUCAUUGAGUAAAAUUGCUAUAUUGAUACGCUUGAUGAAUUUUAAGAAGCAUUGAUGAGUUUAUAAAGAUAGGUUAAACUUGGAAAUUCAAUAAUAGUUCAAAUACUUAUAGGUGUAUGUGAUCUAUUUAAAAAUUCAAUUUAAAUAAAGCCAAAGUUAUCAAAAGUAGAUAUAGAAAAACAAAUCAUGAAUUAAAUUUAUACAAUUUUAGAAAUUUAAAAAUCUUAAUUUAAAGGACAACCUUUAUUGAUUGAUUAAAGUGAUCAAUUUGUUUAAUAAUUAAUGAUCUUGGUUUAAAAGAUUAUUUAUAAAUUUUUUAAAUUUAUAGAAGAAACUAUUAAUUUAUUAAUAGAUAAUGAUUUCGAUCCUUAAGAAUUAAAUUAUGUAUUAGAAGAGUAAAUUGAAAAUCAAGUUAGUUAAUUAGCAAUUGAAAUGCAUAAGUUUGCAUUAGUUGAAUUUGAAGAUUUUAAUAUACUCUUUGAAAAAAUAAAAGAAGUUAUUUUUUUUAUUCAUAAAGAUAUUGAAUAGUUUAUAGUUAUGACUUCAAUAGUUGUAAAUGAUUAAUUGCAAAAAGUAAAUGAUCUCUUUGAUGAUUAUCCUGCUUUAGCUAAUAUUAAAACAUUUUAAGCAAUAUAAACAGAUGUUUCAUAAUAUUUAGUUAGAGAACUUCAAUAAUAUUUUUUAAUUGAAAAAUCAAAUUUUUGGAGACCUGAAUUCGCUAAUAAUUUUGAAUUCAUUAAAAAAAUUCUGAUAUCAUAUUUAGAGUAUAAAGAAGAAAAAAUCAAUAUUCCAUAAAAAACAACUAAUUUCUAGACAUCAUUAAUUAGAAUGGCUUUUGAUCUAAAAAUGCCUAUUUAAACAAUUUAGAUUAUUGUUAAUAAGGAUGAUAGAGAUUUUAUAAAAGAAAAAGAUUCACUUUUUAUUGAAAAAAUCAAUAUCAUAAAAAAGGGUAAAUUAUCAGCAUAUAAAAUAUAUCUACAUAAUAAAGAAUAACUUGUAUUAUAUAUGAUGAAACAUCAAAUAAUUAUUAUUUAAUUUGAUUAUUUUAAUCAAAAUUUAUGGACUGAAGUUGAAUAAUUCUCAAAUCUGAAUAUGAAAUUAUCAUAAGGAGUUUAACAUAUUCUUGAAAUUAAUAUAGAAUAUGCCAAAAAUAUCAAAUUAUAUGAAUAAGAAAAUAAUGUAUAAAAUGAUGAUGAUUAUCAAGGAUAGUCAAAAUUAAUAGUAAAUUUCUCGAUGAAUAUGGAAGAAUAGAUGUAGGUUAAAAUAAAAUAAUUUUGUAAGAAAAUAGAUAAAAAAUCAUAAGGAGCUGUAUAUAAACCAAUGAACUAAAAAAUACUUACAGCAGGAGCAAUAGGAACAGGAAUUGGUAUAUUUUUAGUGGAUUGUCUUGAUAAGAAUAUUUCAUGGUAAUAAAAACUGUAGAGAGCAGGUUAUGGAAGUGCUGAAACUAUAGCCUUUACUGCACUUUCUAUGCAUUUACCAAUCAUAAGUUAUUUGGUUGCAUCAACUUUUUUAUUAUAUUCUUUUCACAAUACACUUUCAAAUAAAGUCUUGAGUAUAUAAAAUAAAUUUAAAAUUUUUGGUAAUUUUGGAGUAAAGACUUCAAUAGGAGUAGGAUCAGCAAUUGCAGGAUAGAUAUUGAUACCUAUGCCUAUUGUAGGAGCAGUUGUUGGAAGUGUGGUUGGUGGAGUUGGGAUAGGAUUAUAUCAAAAAUUCAUAGUGCCUUCUACUAAAAAUUCAUUAUUAGGUAUUAUAAAAAGACUAGAAGAAUUCAUUUAACCAAAUGGAUAACUAAAAUUUGGAAAAAAAGUUAUAAAAAAAAUGAGAAUAAACUAUAUUCAUUUUUUUGAGAAUAAACCUGUAGAUCUUAAUUUUUCUGAUUGGCUUACUCUUAUUUCUGUUAAUUUAGUUAAUGAAGUAUCUUAUUUGUAUGAAUUGUAAUGGGAAGAAUAAAAAAAAAAAUUAUUUGAAAAAGAGGACAAUGAAAAAAAUAAAUAAAAAAUUAUAUAAUUAGAAAAUCGAGAGGAAAAAUUAGAAGAGAAACUUUGGAAAUGGGAUAUUUGUAGGGAUUAUAUUUACAAAGAAAAUAUAUCAACUUUAUAAUAUGCAAAAUAAAUAGGUAUAUUUGUUACAGGUAUGAUUUGUAACUUUAAAUUCUGA